AUGACAUCGCCCGGAGAUGGGACUCCGGUGAAACCUCCGCCGUCUUUCUCCCCUGGCGCAGCGCGAGCCUCACCCAAGUCUCGCUACCCGGAUGGACAAGAGGUACCACACUCCAUAGACACUGAGUUGGCGGAGGCUCGAUCAGUCGUCACCGCAGCGGUCAGUCAGGUCAUCCACCCGCAAUUAGCUCGAUCGUCACUUGGAUCGCCAUUUGACGGACGGUUCGAUGGCUCUGAAGAUAUCAGGUCAUUAAUAAUUCGCGCUUUCUCGCCUACUGUCGCCGUUCAUGCUUCCGAUGACACCGAAGAAUUGAUUAGGAAUAAGGGGUUCAAAGGGGGGUUUUGCGAGUUGGUCCGGCCGUUUGGGGAGACAGUGCAAGGAAAAGUCGUCAUUCGAGAUAGUGUGGGAUCAAGUCGUGCCUGGGAGGACUUUGGAGUGCGCUUUGUGGACCUCAAAAAAUUUGAGAGGAAUCCUGUUAGUCGAGACUCAGGCCGAGGGUUGCCCUUGACACAGAUCGAGGAGGUGCUGGAGAAGCACUUGGACUCUGCAGAAGGACCGGGCGGGGUUGUGUCAACGAAAGAUGUGUUGGGCUUCUCUGCUACGACUCCCUUGUUUAAGCUGUUCCUGCGACAGCUUCUGGCGUCUACUCCUGUUGGACCACACGAGACAUUUGGUCACCCCGUGGCCAGUGUGAUCACAAUAAGCUCGCGCAAUCCUGCACCGUUGGAAACACUUAGACAGCUUUACGCUGAGAGCAGUACGGGGAACAAACGCUUGCCCGAGUGGGUCAACCAGGAGUAUCUCCGAUACUACGUCUUGAUACACGAUGAAGAGCGUGAUGAUAUUACCGAGUCCACAAAGCUAUACGAUCAGAUGAAACGACAUUUCGGCUUACAUUGUCAUCUUUUGAGGCUUCGAAGCAGCCAGUGUGUCGUGACAGAUGAUGACAGUGUCCAAGUGCCGCAAUGCGAAUGGUUGUCCCCGCACGAACGGCUAUCCGGGGCAGGCGAAGCAGAGACAUUAGUGGAUCUUGGUACAGAUGGGACUCCAUACCUCUUUGAUUCCGAUGUUACGGCGAUCAAAACCUUCAUUCGUGAACUCAUCCAUCCCGAAGGCGAGGCAUCAGUGGCCGGUUCAUGUCUAUGUCUCGAAGAUGGGCCGGCUUUGGGCUCUAGCUCGCGCUCCGGAAUUGGAGGGUCGUCAGGCGGGGGAAGCGGAAACUAUGACCCGAAUCAGAGUUUCUACGGCCCAGAUGCCCCAGAGGCCAUCUUGCGAAAGAUGGCCGAUUUUGCAGUUAUGCUCCGCGAUUGGAAGCUGUCCGGCUCGACCUAUGAAAUGAUUCGAUCUGACUUUGGCAACGACAAGGCCUGGAAGUACCACGCCGCAGCUCAUGAGAUGUGUGCCGUGAGCACACUUCUGAAUCCCAUGGCGAUGUCAGCCAAGAUCAAGCUCGAGAGUGUUGAUCAAAUGUUCGAAACUGCCUGCUAUUCCUAUCUCACACGAUGCUCGGACUCAACUCACGCUCUUCGAUGUCUCGCCCUAGCUGUCGAGCUUCUCAAGUCUCGGGGUGGAUCUGCUACCGAGAGUGCCGCCAGGUGGGCCAUGCGGGUCAUGGACUUUGGCCUGGUCGGCUCAGUCGGCCAGGUCGUCUUCAUGGAGCGCGUCGCAGCUUGCUAUGCAUCCAAAACUCCCGUCAGUGGCGCCAAAUGGGGAUCCCGCCGCCGCAAAGCCGGCAUGUGGAGUAUAUUUGCUGCCGAUCAAUGGCUCAAGCUCGGGAAACCCAACCUGGCAUCGACGUGCGUCGAGGAAGCCGAGCGUCUGUAUGCCGAAGUUCUAGAAACUGAUGGAGUCUUCCCAAUGCCAGAGAUGCAAACCUUUGUCGACAAUUUGAGGCAUGCAGUGAAGGUCGAGUAUCUUGAGGCAAGAGGAUUCGAUGCACGCGAUGACCCAGCUACGCAAGACCCCCUUGACACCGAGGAGACCAGCGAGAAGCUCGAGAAAAUCGAUAAGCGCAAUCAUCGGCGCUCGCUUAUCGGACUUCCUGGGCAACUCGAUGCAGGGAACCUCAAAAUGACCACGACAGCGAGGGAAUCUGAGACCUCGCCGAACGAUGACUUUGAACGAGCUUAG